CAAGCCACGUGGCAUCGUCCAACAUAAAAACAAAAAUCCUCCAUUCAACGGCCAUGAUCUCCCGGAAUAACCGGUACAUACAACUAAGAGAGACGUAGCCACUAGUAGCCAAAGAAAUUAGAAAUAGAUUAAAAACGGGAACUGCUCUGUUUGCAGUUUGCUUAUUCUAUCCUCUCAGAAUUCCUAUAGAGAAGAAGAAGAAAACAGAUGGCGAUAGCAGUACCGGCUCUUCCAUUCACUUUUGUGGUACACGCGCUUGCGGUUAUCGGAGCAGUUUUUGUACUGGUUUGGGUACUGCACUUUAGAGGUGGAAUAGCAUGGGAAGCUUCAAACAAAAGUCUCAUCUUCAACCUUCAUCCGGUACUUAUGCUUAUUGGCCUAAUCAUCAUUGGGGGUGAAGCCAUUAUAAGUUAUAAAGCGCUUAUUUGGAGAAAAGAAGUAAAGAAGCUUAUACAUCUUGUUCUCCAUGCAAUUGCACUGAUACUGGGCUGUAUUGGCAUCUACGCUGCAUUCAAAUAUCAUAAUGAGAGCUCCAUCGCCAAUCUUUACAGCUUGCACUCCUGGCUUGGGAUAUCUGUCAUUGUUCUUUAUGGCAUUCAGUGGAUAUACGGGUUUCUGUUAUUCUUCUAUCCCGGAGGAACAGAUGCAUUAAGGAGCGCGUCGCUGCCCUGGCACGUGCUGUUCGGGCUGUUCGUUUAUGUCCUGGCAGUCGCCACUGCUGCCAUAGGCUUCUUGGAGAAGCUCACAUUCCUGGAGAGUUCUGGUCUCGCUAAAUAUGGAUCAGAGGCCUUGCUUGUCAAUUUCACUGCUGUACUUACAAUCAUAUAUGGAGCCUUUGUUAUUCUUUCAGUAAGUUCCCAGGCUCCAGCUGAAGAUGACUAUAGCUAUUCAGCUAUAGAAUAAUAAGAUGAUGAAUGUAUUUUUUUUUCCAUUGGGUGGAAGCUAGUAAUUAAGCUGUGAAUUAUAUAUAUAAAUGUGUCUUUAUAUAAACGUUGUUACUUAUCAACCAUGUAACUCUGUAAUAUUUUAUUUGUUUGGGACA